AUGGAAAAUAACUUUAGAGGACCACAAGUUUUAUCUGAGUUAUGCAAAACACUUAUGUAGAGACUAGACUAGAUGAUUAACUAUGAUUAGGAUAAUGAUCCAGAUAAUAGCAAAAUCAACUAGACUGUGGAGCUUUGCCUAAAUGCUCCUAUUUAGAAGGAUAGUUUCUAUCUUUUGAUAAUGCUCUUAAAUUAACUGAUAUUCUUAAUACCGUAUGAAGAUUACGAAGAAAAAAUCAUCAUGAAUUAAAUAUUGCUAAAAAAAUACUUAGAAUGCCAUAGAGUUGGAUACUCAUAUUAUGUUUAGGAUUCAGAGAAUGGGAUUGAUAAUUCAGACAUAAAUAUAAAUGAUGGUGAAGUCAAAAAGAAAUUAAAAAGUGGAGAGAUUAUUAGUUUUGAGGCAAUAAGAAAAAUGUUUUAAGUCAAAAAUUUCAAUUUCACUAUGCAAGAUCCAGAUCAUUAGAAAGUUAUUUCAGCUUAUCAAGCUUUAUUUGAUGAAUUUGUCUACAUCUACCAAUGA